AUCGGAAAGAUCAAGGGGAGAAGUGUGAAGUUCAAGAUGAAAGUGAAUUAGGGGCAAAGGUUUUUGAUGCUUUGCUGGACUCUGAGUGUAGAGAUCUCUCUCAAGAUUUCUCUCCGUGGUGGCUCGAUAUGUUUCCAUACUUAGAAACAUUUACAUUGCAUUGGGAAUCUAAAGCCCUAUCAAAAAUGGGCUCGAGCGUAAUGGACAUUGUCGCUUCAUUUGGACAACAAGCUGCAUUGGAAGUGUUGACAUUUACAGCGGCGGCUUCCCUAGUCUCUGCCCUUGCCUGGCCUAUCACCCUUCUGCAAGCCGCGGAUAUGAUUGAUAAUUCUUGGACGAUAGCCUGCGAAAAGGCGGAUCGGGCUGGUCAGCUUUUAGCUCAAAUCCUUGUCCGAAAAGAACGUGGACAUCGCCCGAUUGUAUUGAUCGGUUUCUCCAUGGGAGCACGUCUGAUAAUGGCUUGUUUAUCAGAACUUGCAAGAAUCCAUAAUUCAUGGGAAGACGGGCAAAAUGAUAAGGGACAAAAGCCUGAAGUACAAAUCAAGGCUUCCACAUCGGCUGUACAACUGUCUCCUACAGCUUCAACACCUAGUAGGGAGAAAACAGAGACGGGAAGUCCAGUAUCAGGUCUUAUUGAUA